GGACGCGCAGGGAGCGUCGGGGGCCGCGGGCAUGCAGCGGAGGUGGGUCCUCGUGCUGCUCGACGUGCUGUGCUUGCUGGUCGGGCCGGGCACGGUGGCUCACGCCUGUCAUCCCAGCACUUUGGGAGGCUGAGGCUGGUGGAUCACGAGGUCAAGAGAUCGAGACCAUCCUGAUCAACAUGGUGAAACCCCGUCUCUACUAAAAAUACAAAAAUGAGCUGGGCAUGGUGGCACGUGCCUGUAAUCCCAGCUACUCGGGAGGCUGAGGCAGGAGAAUGGCCUGAACCCAGGAGGUGGAGGCUGCGGUGAGCUGGGAUCGCGCCAUUGCACUCCAGCCUGGGUAACAAGAGCGAAACUCCGUCUCAAAAAAAAAAAAAGAUAUUUUGGUCAGAGAGAAGUGUGUGUGCAAAGGCCCUGAGCCUCCCUGCCCUUCGCUGUCCUGUCGCUGGUGAACACCCCGUACAAGCGAGGAUUUUACUGCGGGGAUGACUCCAUCCGGUACCCCUACCGUCCAGACACCAUCACCCAUGGGCUCAUGGCCGGGGUCACCAUCACGGCCACCGUCAUCCUUGUCUCGGCGGGAGAAGCCUACCUGGUGCACACGGACCGGCUCUAUUCCCGCUCCGACUUCAACAACUACGUGGCUGCCGUGUACAAGGUGCUGGGGACCUUCCUGUUCGGGGCGGCCGUGAGCCAGUCUCUGACAGACCUGGCCAAGUACACGAUCGGCCGCCUGCGCCCCAACUUCCUGGCCGUCUGUGACCCCGAGUGGAGCCGGGUUAACUGCUCGGCCUACGUGCAGCUGGAGAGGGUGUGCAGGGGAAACGCUGCUGACGUCACUGAGGCCAGGUUGUCCUUCUACUCGGGACACGCCUCCUUUGGAAUGUACUGCAUGGUGUUCCUGGCGCUCUACGUGCAGGCGCGGCUCUGCUGGAAGUGGGCACGGCUACUGCGGCCCACAGUCCAGUUCUUCCUGGUGGCCUUUGCCCUCUAUGUGGGCUACACCCGCGUGUCUGAUCACAAACACCACUGGAACGACGUCCUUGCUGGCCUCCUGCAGGGGGCGCUGGUGGCCGGCCUCACGGUCCGCUACAUCUCUGACUUCUUCAAAGCCAGACCCCCACAGCACUGCCCGAAGGAGGAGGAGCUGGAACGGAAGCCCAGCCUGUCACUGACGGUGACCCUGGGCGAGGCUGACCACAACCACUAUGGGUACCCACACUCCUCCUCCUGAGGCUGGACCCUGCCCAGGCAGGGAGUGGCUGAGUCCAGCUGAGGCCGGCCCCCCAGGUGGUCCCUCUGGCCCUGGGUAGGCACUGAGGACUCCAGACGGGGACCCUGGGCUGAUGGAGCGGUGCGGGCUCUGCUGCCCCCUGCCCUGCACUGGACUGGGGUCUGGGGAUGCCUAGGUAGCCCUGAGCAUUUGGAGGGGGACCUGUUCCCGUAGCUCCCCACAUAUCCCCAUUCCUUUAUGGGGUUAAGGGACUGAAAGAUCAGAUAGUUGCUGUUUUGUAAAAUGUAAUGUACGUGUGGUUUUUAGUAAAAUAGGACAUUGGUUUGA